UAUAAUUCAAAUUCUUAAUUCUAGAUCCCUAGGAAGUCUAAACUGGCUGUUCACAGAAAUAUCAGAGAUGAUGAAGGCUUUAUUAUCCGGCAUUUUGCAGGAGCAGUAUGCUACGAGACGACACAAUUUGUGGAAAAAAAUAAUGAUGCUUUGCACAUGUCACUUGAAUCUCUUAUAUGUGAAUCCAAGGACAAGUUUGUUCGGCAGCUGUUUGAAUCUAACACUAAUAACAACAAGGAUCCCAAACAAAAAGCUGGGAAACUUAGUUUCAUCAGUGUGGGAAACAAAUUCAAGACUCAGUUAAAUUUGCUUCUUGAGAAACUUCACAGUACUGGAUCUAGCUUUAUUCGCUGCAUCAAACCUAAUUUAAAGAUGACAAGUCACCAUUUUGAAGGAGGACAGAUCCUCUCCCAGCUUCAGUGCUCAGGAAUGGUGUCUGUUCUGGAUUUGAUGCAAGGUGGUUUCCCUUCACGAGCUUCAUUUCAUGAACUAUAUAAUAUGUACAAGAAAUAUUUGCCUGAAAAAUUGGCGCGACUGGAUCCCAGACUCUUUUGCAAGGCACUAUUUAAAGCUUUGGGACUGAAUGAAGUUGAUUACAAAUUUGGGUUAACCAAGGUGUUUUUUAGACCUGGCAAGUUUGCAGAGUUUGAUCAGAUAAUGAAGUCUGAUCCGGAUCACUUAGCAGAGCUAGUUAAAAGGGUGAAUCACUGGCUCAUCUGCAGUCGCUGGAAAAAAGUUCAAUGGUGUUCUCUCUCAGUGAUUAAACUGAAAAAUAAGAUAAAAUACCGAGCUAGUGCCUGCAUCAAAAUACAAAAGACUAUUCGUAUGUGGCUUUGCAAGAGAAAACACAAACCACGCAUUGAUGGUCUGAUAAAGGUCCGUACGCUGAAAAAGAGACUUGAUAAGUUUAAUGAAGUAGUAAGUGCUCUGAAAGAGGGGAAGGCAGAGACAAGCAAGCAAAUCAAGGAGCUGGAGUAUUCAAUUGAUGCUUCAAUGACCAAAAUUAAGACCACAAUGAUGACUAGAGAACAAAUAAUGAAAGAAUAUGAUGCUUUAGUUAGAAGCUCAGAGCAGCUUCUGAGUGCGCUGCAAAAGAAAAAACAGCAAGAGGAAGAAGCAGAGAGGUUACGACGCAUCCAGGAGGAAAUGGAAAAAGAAAGAAAGAGGCGUGAAGAGGAAGAGCGACGGAGAAGGAAGGAAGAAGAAGAAAGGCGUCUGUGAGUACUGAAUAAGUUGCUGGCUUUAGAAUAAGAAGAAAAUAGGAAAAGCACUCAGGUUAUUUUUAUUAUUACUGUGCUUAAAGAGAGCUGCUUGAAUUAUGCGUGUAGCGUGUUAUUCAUUGUUAAAGUAUUUCCUCUCCUUUCCCAGCAAUUUUUUAAGUUAAGUGUAGUCAGAAUAAAGUAUUUAAAAGAUUUUAUGAUGCAGCAGUAAAACAGAUGGACUUGCAAAAGUCCUUGACUUAAAUACAGGUCUUGUCAUAACUGUACGGUCUCUUGGAUUGUCAUUGAAAUUUAUGGAGGAUGCUUUGAUAUUAAUUGUUUGCUUGCGUUUUUUUUAGUAACUUACUAAAAGUUUUUAUUUCCUCUUCCUCUUUUCUAAUAGGAAAUCUGAGAUUGAGGCAAAGAGAAAACAGGAAGAAGAAGAAAGGAAAAAGAGGGAAGAGGAAGAAAAGCGUAUUCAGGCUGAAAUUGAGGCUCAGCUAGCUAGAGAACGAGAAGAGGAAACCCAGCACCAGGCAAUUCUUGAACAGGAACGUCGUGAUCGUGAGCUUGCAAUGAGAAUUGCCCAAACUGGGGCAGAACUCAGCACUGAAGAGACAAAACUUGAUGUAGGAUUGUGCAGGUAUGGAGUUCAGUUCUUAAAUUUCUUUUCUUCUCAUUGGCCUCAUCCUUUGGAGAAUACUAAGCUCUUGCUUAUUUUAUGUAUUUUUGUAUUAUUUAAAGAGUUUCUCUGUUUUGCUUACUGCUAUAUCAUAAUUUAGUAGGUGUUUCUGAAUAUAAAUGCAGUUUUCUCUUAUUUCUUGACUUUUGGCAAGAAUGGCAACCAUUUUAAGUUAUGAUUUUUAUGAUUAAAGAAGGGAAUGGAAUUUCUUCAGUGGUAAGUAGUAAUAAUGUACUCUUUUUAGGACAUGUAGUUCCAAUAGUAUAUUAUGAAUCUGUGUGUUUUAUUUUGCUUCAUUUUCUUUUUUUUAUUUAUUUUAACAAGAAUCCCUCUUUGAGGGCAGAAAUAAUAGUUAUUUCUGUGUCUUGUCUGGUAAGUUUUUUUUGUUGUUGUUUGGUUGCUUUUUUAAAGCAGAUUGAAUAUACGCAAUUUGGGUUUUGAAAAUUAAAUGUCUUCUGUUUGAAUUUUUGGGUGCGUCAUAGGAAUUGCUUGUUUUUGUUGUACAAAUCCACACUGCCUGCAAAGCAAGAUAUCUCUUGUCUUCUGAAGAAGCUUUGUAGCCAGCAAAUGUAUGUGAGAAUUUGGCGUAAAGAUUCAAUAAAAAUGAUUUGACUGAUUGGUCAAAUUGUAUGUAGAACCUACCAACAUGAUCGUGUCACUCGCUUAGUGAUGUGACCACCUUUACUGCUUUGUUGUAGUUGAAAGAAAGUUGUGUAAGAAAUGUUAGGCUCCCAGAUUUGUUCUCUUUGCUAAUCAAAUUUCAUUUAGAUGUAUACUUUUCAUAAUUGUAUGCCUAUGUGUCAUUCCUAGGUAGGAUUUUUUAUCAUGUACGAUGUUAAUUUGUAGGCAUCUUGGCUCAAAUUAUUGUGGUUUUGUCCUCAGAUUUUUUACAGCUGCUAUCUUAUUGUCUCAGGCAUGACUUUAAUAAGCUCAAUUGAAUAUCCAAAUUGAGUGCUUCACAUAUAGCAUUCUGGAUAUUUUCAUGCUUUGCCCGUGAAAGUAAACCUGAAAUCAUAUAGUGUUACAACUUGGCAAAUUUCUCUCAAAGUGGAAGAAGGGAGGGAUUGGUAAAGAAGGGCUCAGAGAAUUCAGUAAUUUUUUGAGGUCAGCGAAGCCUUAUCUGCCACAGUAUUUCCUACUGCUCACAGGUGGUGCUAGCAUUUGUCUUGUGAAGCCCAGGAAUGGCCAGUAGACUGAUCAUAUCGAUAGCUGAAACUGCUGCUUUCUCCUUACUGUGUAGUGGUCUGAGACUCUUUGAAAUGAUGAGAAAGUACAGAAUGGUCUGAGCAAAUUAACUUAGCAGUGUAAAUCCUUUCUUGAACAGGAUUAGGUAUAAAUCUUAAAAA